AUGUUGAAACGUGGAGCUCAAGGCCCUCAAGGGUCCAAAGAAGACGAGGGUAUAUUCGGUAUGGCUAGCACUCCGGAUGAUAAACCCCACCGGGCGACAGCGGCCCAGUUAGCCAGCAGAAAGAUCAAGGAUGUCCGCAAACGCCGGGCUCCAACUCCCACAACCGGCGGAGGUGCACCUGGUGCAGCUUCAUUUAACCCUUUCGCAUCCGUGGCCCCGGCCGCGGCACCAGCACCUACCCAGUCGACCGGGUUCACAUUUGGCCAGACUCAAAGCCAGAGCUUCCCCGGGGCAAGCUCGGGGCCCAGCCAGGGUGGAAUAUUCUCGUCGGGCACUAACGGCCAGGCGGGUGGUCAGGCGUCAUUCAGCUUCGGCGCGGGACCUACCACAUUUGGAUCUGCACCGCCGAGCAAUCCUUUUGCUGUAAACACAUCAUUUGGCGGAAAUACACAGUCAAGUACCAAUGGUUUUAGCUUUGGGGGAUUCAAUGCCGGAAAUCAGUCCACUCCAUCGUUCGGUGGAUUCGGGGCACAGCAAAACACAAGCACUCCAGCAAAACCCGUCCUAUUUGGGCAGUCUGCAGCACAUAUUACUUCGCCUGCCGAUGACAGCAUGCAAACUUCGCCCGAUACCAAGCCCAAGGGAGGUUCCAUGUUUUCACCGAAGCUACCCGCAGGUCCGUCGGCACUUGGUAAUCCAUUCUCGAACCUUUCAGGAGAGAAUGCGUCCAGCAAUCCAUUUGCACCAAAGACAGUCACGGCUGAGAAACCAGCCGAUAAACCUGCAGAGACCCAGCCCUUCAAACCACUUUUCGGAUCAACGCCCGCCGCUUCGAAGCCUGUGGAUGCAGAGAAGCCAACAGCCAGCAAUCCAUUUGCGAACCUGUCAGGGCAGGCUCCAACCAGCAGCACUAACUUGUUUGCCCCAAAGACAACGGCAGCGGAGCAAACCCCUGCGAAGCCUGCAGAGGCAGCGAAGCCUUUUGGUGCUCUUUUCGGGUCGACCCCCAGUUCUCAGCCCUCGGGCCCUGCUACCAAUCUAUUUGCGCCCAAACCAGCGGCAGAAGAACCAAAGGCGAGUAAUCCAUUUGCGAACCUGUCAGCGCCAAAGGUUACUGGGACCGAAAGCUCUGUAAAGACUUCCGAAGAACAACCGUUCAAGUCCAUGUUUGGUACACCUGCAGCAUCAAAGGGGUUGGAGGCUGGAAAAGAGCAGGCGGCUACGCCGGCAUUUGGCAAUAUGUUCUCGCCAAAGCCAGUUGCCGAGGGCACUGCUGCAACGCCUGCAGCGGACCAGCCGUUCAAGUCCCUGUUUGGUACACCCGCGGUAUCGAAAGUUUCGGACGCUGCAAAAGAACAGACUGCUUCGCCGGCAUUUGGCAAUAUGUUCUCGCCAAAGCCAGUUGCCGAGAGUACGCCUGCAAAGCCAUCUGAGGACAAGCCGUUCAAGCCCAUGUUUGGAACACCUGUGGCCGAGAAGGAACAAUUACCGGCGAGUAGUGUUUUUGCACCGAAGGUGACAAGUGAAGAGCAGACUCCUUUACCUGCAAAGGUCUCGCCAUUUGGCUCAAUGUUCGGAGCGUCCCCCGCACCGUCCCCUGCACCGUCGAAGCUUGGAGAAGAAAAGGCAACCCAGCCGACACCCAGCAAUCCAUUCGCGAACCUGUCAGGGCAAAACGCGUUUAGCAACCCAUUUGCGCCAAAGCCGACAGAGCAGGCUGCAACGCCCCAGGCACCGAGCACUUCUCUCUUUGGUGCAAGUACAGCAGCUGACAACAAUAAAGACAAUAACAUCCCAGGUCUCAACGGCUCAUUGACUAGCCCAUUCACCGCUGAGCCUAAGGUGUCGAGUGAACCUCCAACGGAAGGCGCGACGAAACCUGCGACACCUCAUGUGUCGUUCGCGCAGUCUCCACGCGACCAUAAAAUCCCCUCUUCCUCUUCUCUCCCCUCUUCAUCCUCAAAUUCUACUGUUUCCAAUACUUUCACUGCUUCAAACCCUGACAGUCUUUUCCCUCGACCUGAUCAUCCUGUAUCAAUUGAAUAUCCUCUAUCAACUGAAGAUUUUGACGAAAUGCCGCUCAAACGUCUUUUCCCUGAGAAAAAUCGGGAUCAGCUUCGAGACCGGGCCAAUUUGCUCAUGAAGAUUGGCGUCUUGACUGAGUCGUUCAAGCGCGAGAUCGCUAAAUGCGACCCCAUGACAGAUGAUAUUGACGAAGUCAUUAUUCUUUACGCCGAGCUUCGCCGUGAGCUUGGUGUCCCCAUUGGGUCGAUUAACCCCGAAGAAGAGGCCAAACGCGCUGCCAUCAACGAACGCGAUGCCGCCGAGGAAGCGGCAGAUGGUAACGCGACCCCUCCGACCUUCGUCCCUCCUGCUGUUGAUAAUAGACGCCCAGAGCCUUCUACCAAGCCCUCUGGUGGAUCUACUACUUCCUCUAAGUUCGCCCAAUCCUUCUCCGCUCCGGCUCCUGCCCCGGCAACUGCUUCUGCUGGUCUCUCGUCUCCGGCUGCGGCUCCUGUUGCUACUGCUCCUGUCGCCCGGGCCGAGCCUUCUCCUUCCACUGCUAGCCCUGCCGCUACUCCUGCACCCCCUUCUGCCGUUGAAGCUCCUAAGUUCGGUGGUGCGGCCACUUCGACUACUGCCCCUGCUUUCCAAAUGCCCAAAUUUGGUGAUGCCGCUACUUCAGCCGCCCCCCCUGCUUUCCAAAUUCCCAAGUUUGGUGAUGCUGCCACUUCAGCUGCCACUUCAGCUGCCGCCCCUGCUUUUAAAAUUCCUAGCUUUGGUGCCCCGGCUACUGGCGCCAAUUUUAUGGCUCAGUUCAAGUCAAAGUCGGACAGCACUAUAGCCGAUGCAAAGGCCAAGAGAAAGGCUGAAGAGUUUGACUCUGAUGAGGAGGACGAGGCGGAGUGGGAGCGCAAAGAUGAGGAACGCCAACGCGCUAAGCGCGCGGAAAUUGAAGCUGCAGCUAAAAAGCGUGCCGUUUUUGUCCCCGGCGAGGGUUUCAAGUUCGUUGAUGAUGACACUGCUCCACAGAACGUUAAGGAGCCUGCAACAUCUGCCACCCCUGCCACUCCUGCACAGGACGACUCCGCGGGUACUGUUAAUUCCACCCCUAAUAUCUUCCCACCUUUUGUUUCUCCCUCGACCGCAUCUACUAAAGCGAACGGCACUCCCUCUGUGUCUUCCUCGAAUUUCCAACCCGGGUUCCCUAAAUCAUCAUCUCCCCAGUCGUCUGAAUUCUCUACUCUCGUCGGAACAGCCACGCGUUCGCCAGCGGAUGCCGCACUCUUUGGUGGCAAGCCUGGAGGCCCACCUUCUCUCUUCGGUGCAAGCGCUCCUAGCUCCUCUAUCAACUCCUCGGUUUUCGGAACCUCCAGUAAGCCGGUCCCAGCCUCGCAGAACAUUUUUGGCGGCCUCAAGCCGACCUCGCCAAAACGCAAGGCCUCGGCAGAUGAAAGUGACGACGACGAUGAUUCACCCGCAAAGAAGCCGAAGUCCUCGCAGAACAUUUUCGGCGGACCCAACCCGGCCCCGCAGAACAUUUUCGGUGCACCCAAGCCGACCUCGCCGAAACGCAAGGCCUCUGUGGAUGAAAGUAACAACCAUGAAGAUUCCUCCGCAAAGCAGACGAAGUCGUCGCCUCCCCCUCCUUCUGUGGGCGCCAGUAUGUUUGGACGAGUGUCCACUACACCGCUGGCUCCUUCGAUCAAUUCCUCCGCACAGCCCGUGAUGUCCGCUCCCUCCACUGCCACUGAAGAUGAGGAGGGUGAACCCGGUGAAAUUUUCGAUCUGACCAAGGGCAACGGCGGCGAAGAAGAGGAAACUGUUAUGUUUGAAGACAAAUCCCGAGUUUUCAAACUUGAGGAUAAGUGGGUGGCCAAAGGAACCGGUCCCGUUCGCGUUCUGAAGCACCCUGUCACUGGACGUGCGCGGAUUGUCGCCCGUGCCGAACCGAGUGGAAAUGUCACUUUGAACAUUCUCCUGAAGAAAGAGUUCGACUACAAGCUCACCACUAACAGUGUUCAAUUCCUGGUGCCCAACGAGACUGGGACUCUCACACAUUGGGCCGUUCGAGUGAAGGGUGAGAGACUGCGUGAGUUCCACCAGCUCGUCAACGAUAUCAAGAAUUAG